AUGAAAACAUCAACAUCCAUUGAUUCAAAUUCUAUGUCAGAUAUUAAUAAAAUUCAUAACUCAGGUGACCAAUCGAUAGUUGGCUCUCAUUUAGUAAAAUUAUACUCUCAAUUGGCUAAGCUUGAACAGCAAAAUGACAAUCCGUCAACAGUCGAAUCAAAACGUGUGAAGUCUUUACUAGAUUCUCAUCAUAAUAAUUAUUUAUAUUUAAAAGCUCGUCAUAAAACCGAAGAAGAACGUAUUAAUCGUCGUUUCGAUAUAGAAACACGUUCUACACAAGCAUAUUUUGCUGCGAAAAAAAGUGAAUUGAAAGAACAUUUACUUGAUCGUCUUAGACGUAAACGUAAAUUAGUUAUUGAUGAAAUGCGUACUGUUAUUGAUAUCAAUUCGCGUUCAUUAGAUGUUGAUCCAUUAUUUAUUACAAUGCAAACACAACAUCCACUUCAAACUAAAGCAUAUAAUUUUCGGCAACGAUCGGAUAUCGGACAACAACCGUCAAGUAUAGGCGAAGAAGAGUAUUUAACGCAGCUUGGAAUGUUACAACAGCAAACAACACGUAAACGUCUUGUAGGAGCGUUUAGCAUUUUUCAAUUACCAAAGUGGACUAUUAAAGAUGAAGAAUGUGAAGAUGAUUUAAAAAUGAUUUCAAUUAAUCGAAAAUAG